GCGCGGCGCGGCGCAGGGACGAUGGCGCAGCAGGUCGAGCAGCUGCGGGCGGACGGCGUGCACAAGGAGGUGCUGCGGGAGGGCACCGGGCCGCUGCCCGACUUCCGCGACGGCACCAAGGCCACCUUCCACUACCGGACGCUGCGGUGCGGGGAUGAGGAGACGCCGCUGGACGACAGCCGGGCGCGGGGGAAGCCCAUGGAGCUGAUCGCCGGCAAGAAGUUCAAGCUGCCGGUGUGGGAGGCGGCGCUGCGCACCAUGCGGCCCGGGGAGCGCGCCCGCUUCCGCUGCGACGCCAAGCACGUGGUGCUCUACCCGCUGGUGUCCAAGAGCCUGCGCAACAUUGCGGCGGGGAAGGACCCGCUGGAGGGGCAGCGGCACUGCUGCAGCAUCGCCCAGCUGCACGAGCACUACUCCCUGGGCUACCCCGACCUCGACGAGCUCCAGAAGAACCCCCAGCCCCUCAUCUUCGACAUCGAAGUGCUCAAGGUGGAGGCACCCGGCUCCUACCAGCAGGACCCGUGGGCCAUGACAGAUGAGGAGAAGCUGCAGGCCGUACCCCUGAUCCACAAGGAGGGCAACGAGCUGUACCGGCAGGGCAAGGUGCGGGAGGCAGCUGCCAAAUACUACGACGCCAUCGCCUGUCUCAAGAACCUGCAGAUGAAGGAACAGCCCGGCUCUCCGGACUGGAUCGAGCUCGACCAGAAGAUCACACCCCUGCUGUUAAAUUACUGCCAAUGCAAGCUGCAGUGCGAGGAGUACUACGAGGUGCUGGAUCAUUGCUCCUCCAUUCUCAAUAAGUAUGAGGACAACGUCAAGGCCUAUUUCAAGCGGGGAAAGGCCCACGCGGCGGUAUGGAACGUGGCGGAGGCGCAGGCUGACUUUGCCAAAGUGCUGGCCCUCGACCCCUCGCUGCGCCCCGUCGUCUCCAAGGAGCUGCGGAGCCUGGAAGCCCGCCUGCGCGAGAAAGACGCCGAGGACAAGAUCCGCUUCAAGGGCAUCUUCUCGCAGUAGAGCCCGCGGCCGCAGCGGAGAGCCCAACGCUCUCUGAACAGGUUGUUUUAGAUAUUCCACAUGUGGAAUGUUCAUUGAUGUUUAUUAAUGUUUAAUACAAAUUUUACUUAUUUGAAGUGGCCCGGGAGCUCGCCACGGCCCGGUGACAUGGCAGUGCACUUAAGUCGCAGUAUUAAGCAGCGUAUAGCAAUCGCAGCGCACGGUUGAAGCGCAGUCUAAAGGUGAAGCUCCUUGCCGGGCUCUAGCCUACGCUCAUCGUCACGCCGGGAAGGGACAUGUGGGGUGACACGAGCUCAAGCCCGCUGCUCCCUGCCGAGUUCUUUUAUUCGUUGUUUGAUGUUUUUAUAGUUUAUGUUGGGCUGAGCCAUCGUGCCUGGGGCUGGCCCAGCUGUUUACGGCCGCGGGGGCUCCGGUGCCAAGCCUCGGCCCCAGCUCUUACCCCUUCAUGCCUGUACUCUGUGCCACGUCCUGCAUCAUCACUUCUCAAGGCUGCUGCUAUCAUCCCAAGCCAGUGUUUCCUCUAUACUACAUCAUCAUGUCAGCGUCGUAAAUAUUUUAUAUAGAAUAACUGCUUGUUACUGCUAUCUAUAUAAAACUCUGGUCAUGCUAUGCCAAGAUAAACAAAAGUA